AUGGUGGUUGAGUGUAGAGAGCAGGAGUAUUUAAAGCUUGAAAAAUAUUUGGACAUGCUUAUGAAUGCUGGAAGAGGAGGGAUAGUUUAUAUUAGUGGAGUUCCUGGCUCAGGGAAGACUUAUACACUAUCCAAACUGCUUGAUAAUCGAAAUGUUAUUCAUGCAUUUGUUAAUGUAAUGGAGUUUAGGAAGAAAAGUGAUGUAUUCAAGAUGAUUGCAAAAGAGAUGGAAUGCACUCAAUGUGAGAAGAUUCUAACGGCUUCGGAUCUAAAAAAGCAUAUGGAAGUGUGUGAGGAAUGGCAUGUAGUGGUUAUUGAUGAGAUUGAUAUGCUUGCAGGACGUAGUCAAAGGAUACUGUACAAUUUGUUUGAGAUACCUUGUGCAGAGCGAGGGAAGCUUGCGAUGUUUUUGAUAUCUAACACGAUGGAUCUUCCUGAAAGAAUGUUUGAGCCGAAGGUUUGCAGUAGGAUGGGAGGGCUUCGGGUGAACUUUGCACCGUAUACGUCUGAUCAGCUUGUAAGGAUAGUUGGAGCCAGGGAGAUGGACAGGAAGUGUAUUGAGCUUGUUUCUAAAAGGAUAGGCGCGGUGAGUGGUGAUGCACGGAGGGUUUAUGAUGUUAUGAGCAGAAUUGAGGAGGAUAGUAAAGGAGAUGCGAAUGUGAUUGAUGCGAAUGAAGUGAUGAAGAAGAUGUAUACGCCGGUGUAUGUGAAGUAUUUGCAAGAGAUAAAGUUUGAUGCAAAGGUUAUGCUGAGACUGAUGAGUGUAGGGAUGGGUGGAAGGAGUAUUCUAGAGGUUUAUGAGGAGAUGGAAGGAUUUUACAAACGGAUGAAGAUGGAAACGAUUGAUUAUUUUAGAUUUGAGGAUGUUGUAGUAAAACUUGUUGAAUAUGGAAUGCUUAAAAGAAUGAAGAACGGAAGGCAGAUUCUGAUGAUGAUACUGAGUGAAGAGAUUGAGAAGGUUUUGGGUGAUGAUUUGGAGUAUGUGAUGAUUUCGAAGGCAAUCAGAGUGAAUGUGGCAGAUAGAUGA